AUGGCCGGCACCUACCCGACCCUCGGCGCGGCGCUCCGGGGCGUCGGCGCGCGGAACCUCUGGCCCCGCGCGACGUGGGUCGCCGCGCUCGCGGCCAAGGUGCCCGCGUACAGCCUCAACUGGGUCGCGUACCAGCGCCUGCGGCGCGCGGAGCUGCGGCGCACGCGCGGCCGGACGCCGACGCCCGCGCGCGACGUGUUCCUGGGCGCGUGCGCGGCGUCGAUCUCCGUCUGCGUCAUGAUCCCGCUCGACACGGUCAAGGUGCGCAUGACGACGGGCAACCUGGGCCUGCCCUACGCGCACGUCGGCGAGGCCAUCGGGACCAUGCUCCGCACCGAGGGCGUGCUCGCCUUCUACCGGGGCCUGCCGCCGCGGCUCCUGUCCGUCGUGCCCAUGACCGCGCUCCAGUUCGCGGCCUACGAGUUCGGCAAGCGCGCGAUCCCGCGCCUCGAGGCCGACGCGGCGGCGACGUGGGCGCGCCUCACGGGCAAGGUG